AUGCACUCGGUUCCCACCAGAGCGGGAGACAUUUCGUACUCUACUCAAGGCAAAGGCCAGCCAAUCGUCCUGUUACAUGCAACGCUCCACGACAGCCGAGAUUACGAGGUCAUUGCCGAACGUCUGGCUGAGAGAUACCAAACGAUUAGCGUGGACUGGCCAUGGCACGGGAACUCCCAAGGGGGAUCAAGUAAAGGAUAUCUCAGUGCCGCUGGAUUCGCAGAUAUACUAGAAGACAUUGUCGAGGGCUUGAAGCUGGAACCGGCCAUCUUCAUUGGUAACUCAGUAGGAGGAUUUGCCGCGGCAAGGCUGGCCGUCACCCAUCCGGAUAAAGUUCGAGGAAUGAUCCUUGUCAAUGCCGGCGGGUUUGUCGAAUGGACUCUCAUCUCCCGGUUGUUUGCUCGACUGCUGGGUUUUGCAACUGUGUCACGCUUGGUAACGCCGCAUCUUGUGGGGAAGUAUAUGAGUCCUCAGACGAGUCAUGAUGAGGACAUCACCCGCAGAGUGAAGGCCCGGGCAAGCAGCGGAGAGGGUGCGUCGACUGCCGCCGCUCUGUGGCGCAGUUUCUUGGAUCCCGGGCAUGAUCUUCGAUCUCGAGCAGAGAGCAUCAAGGCCCCGGUGUUGCUCGUUUGGGGCUCGCGAGAUCCGCUCUUUUCGAAGGCAUCUGCGGAAGCGACCAAGAUGUACAUGCCCCAGGCAAGGCUGGUAUUUCUCGAUGCUGGACACGUAGUCUUCUCCUCGAAGCCUAAUGAGUUUCAGCAGUUGGUGCAGCCUUUUAUUGAGUCGAUUUUCGAGGGAAAAGAGCUGUAG